CUGCAAAUCUCGCAGAUUGCUGCUGCUGCUGCUGCUGCGCGGCUUUCCAUCCACACCGCAUAUGCCUUGCUUGGCGCCAGGCCACCGGCAUUGUCGGCGCCCUCCCGGCCUCCCCUCCCUCCCCCCUCCCUCGGUUCCUUCCCUCCCUCCCUCAUCCUCACGCUCACGCGGGAUGCCGCUGCUAUUUAUGCCGCCCCUGGACGCGGUGAAAGCUCCCUGAGGCCGCGCGCAGCCAGCCGGUGCUUGCUUCUCUGUCGCCACCACUUCCGUUCCAUCCCUGCUCCGUUUCUCGCGCGCCCAGGGGAGAAAGGAGGAUCCUGCUCUCGUCUCGCGGAAUGGCAGCGUCCCGGGCACGGCUCAGCCGUGCGGCGGCGGUGCUGAGCUUCCUCCUGCUGGCGGCGGCAGCUGAGGCCGGGCCGGCGGAUGUGGAGAUGGUGUUCCUGAAGAACGCGGUGGCCAAAGGAGCAGUGUGCUUGGAUGGGAGCCCCCCGGUCUACCACUUCUCGCCCGGCUCUGGCUCUGGCGCCAACAACUGGGUGGUUCACAUGGAGGGAGGAGGGUGGUGCAGGAAUCCUGAUGAGUGUGCUGUCAGGAAGGGCAACUUCAGGGGCUCCUCGAAGUUCAUGAGGCCGCUCUCGUUUUCAGGGAUAUUAGGCGGCAGCCAGAAAUCCAACCCUGAUUUCUACAAUUGGAAUAGAGUGAAGGUCAGAUACUGCGAUGGUUCAUCAUUUACUGGUGACGUUGAGGCUGUGGAAUCCGGGAAAAACCUCUAUUACAGAGGUUUCAGAGUUUGGCGCGCCAUCAUGGAUGAUCUACUUACUGUGAGAGGGAUGAACAAGGCACAAAAUGUCCUUCUUUCUGGAUGUUCAGCCGGAGGUCUAGCAGCAAUACUACACUGUGACAGAUUCCAUGAUCUGUUUCCAGCGACGACAAAGGUCAAGUGCUUUUCUGAUGCUGGAUAUUUUCUCGACGGGAAGGAUAUCUCCGGCAACAAUUAUGCCAGAUCAAUAUAUAAGAAUGUCGUGACUCUACAUGGAUCAGCCAAAAAUUUACCAGCUUCAUGUACCUCAAAGCAACCACCUGAGCUGUGUAUGUUCCCGCAGUAUGUAGUGCCAACAUUGCGCACACCACUGUUUAUACUUAAUGCAGCCUAUGAUUCAUGGCAGAUCAAGAACGUCCUAGCACCUAGUCCAGCUGAUCCGAAGAAGACCUGGGCCCAAUGCAAACUUGAUAUUAAGAGCUGCUCCGCCAGCCAACUCACAACCUUGCAAAAUUUCAGGACAGACUUUCUGGCAGCACUUCCUAAACCAGGGCAGUCUCCAUCUCUAGGCAUGUUCAUCGACUCAUGCAAUGCUCACUGCCAAUCCGGGGCCCAAGAUACAUGGUUGGCCGAUGGCUCUCCCUUAGUUAAUAAGACGCAAAUUGGCAAAGCAGUGGGUGACUGGUACAACGAUAGGGAGGUCUCUCAGAAGAUCGAUUGCCCGUAUCCCUGCAACCCAACUUGCAAGAACCGUGAGGAUGAUUGAUAUCUUUUUUCUAAUUAUAAUGAGGGUGAUUGAUAGUACGUUGUUAAGUAGAUAAGUUAAUAAUGCUGUGUCAUGCAAGUGAAACAAUAAGGGAUCACAUCACGCCCAUAGUAAUAGGUGAUUCUCUAUAGCCGAUUUCUUACCCAGUAUGGCUUUAUGUGAGUUUGUGGACGAUGAAUGUAAACGCAAACGAAAGGGUUCAUCAAUGGCCUGUUUGCCUCUUCUUCUGAGGAUAAAUAAAGAGAGGAAAAAAAAAAGGUUCUGUAACAUACUA